AUGUGCAGGCUCAGCUCCGGGCGCUUCUACCUGGCGCGGCUACUUCUGGGAGAGGAUACCCUGGCGCUGCUUUCGUCUUGGAACGACCGACUACAACUGGUGGAGUCAUUGCUGGUGGACUCAUUGCAGAGCAGACUCCUGCGCACGCGCCGCACAUUCCUGCCAGUGGAGCGGUUUCCUCGGCACCAGCAACACCAUUCAGAGCACAAGAAGCACAAUCACC